AUGAAUAACUUUGUAAGACUUCUUCCAACCACGAUCGAUUUCAUUGUACAUCGUUCUUUCAGUAUAACUGCACCGUUAUAUGAUCUGCAAAAAGUCAGCCGUGUUCAUGUUGUCGAUAAUAGUAAAUUAGCAUUGGAUGGCAAUGUAUACAAACGUAUGCCACGAAUUAUUCAUUGUUACAAGAGAAAUGAUAAUUUAACUCGAACACGAUUAACCGCUGGUCUUGGUGAUAAAGUUCUCUUGGCAAUUAAAGGACAAAUGAAGAAGGCAAUUAUUGUUGGAUGUAAACAACGGGUACGAAAACCGAAUGUACCACAAUUUGACUCGAAUAAUGUUGUGUUAAUUGAUGAUGAUGGAAAUCCUGUUGGUACUCGUAUUUUAGCCCCGAUCCCAGCUUUUUUUCGUACGCGUGGUGACUUAGCUAAAAUAGCAGCGAUUGCUACAGCAUUUGUUUGA